UGCGUGUGCGUGUGCGUGUGUGUGUGUGUGUGUGUGUGCGUGCGUGUGUGCCACCUCAGCUGAGGUUUUCACCAGUGAUUGUGUGUGGAAAGGAAGAACCGGAUCUGGACCAGGACUGAAACACUUUGAUCAAUAGAUAGGAAACGUCCACAUGACACGAACCACCUCCAGAACAGGAAGCAGCUCGGACUCAGCUCACUGAGCCUGAAGGAAGCUGCUGCUGUCAUCAGUGGUUCUUAUGCGUCAGGAUCAAAUGAUUGACGGAUGUUUACACAGUUGCAGCCACUUCCUCCGUGUCUCUGGCCCAGAUGAGAGGUGGAGGAGCUCCAGCUUCAGAGCGCCGGCAGCAGGCGGAGGCGCUUCUUCCCCAACAUGUCAUCAGAUAUUAACGCUGCACCAGAUUCAAGCAAGGCGAGUCAGCGCCAAACGGCCGAGAGCGAAGGAGAGAAGGAGAGAGACGAGGCCGCCUGCGAUGAGGUCCGACCCGACCAGGCGGAACCGCAGGAAGCAGCUCCCGAAGCGCCGCGUCCGGCCCACAGGGACCGGCUCAGAGCGGCUGCUCUGUGUCUGGUGGCGCUGAGCGUCGUGAGCACGGCUGGGAUCCUCGUCCUGUCUGCACGGUAUGUUUCUGUCUCUCUGGAAAAAGCCAAACUUCAGACUGGACUCAAGAACCUGAACGCCAGCCACUGCCGGCUGCAGGACGACUGCUCAGACACGUCAGCGCGCUGCCGCCUGUUGCAGAGCAGCCACAGAGAACUGAGCCAGCAGCACCGACGGCUGCAGGACGAGGUGCAGGCGCUGAAGCAGCAAAUCAAGGAAGGGAAGUUCUGUCCUGAUGGAUGGAGACAGAUUGGAUCCAGCUUCUAUUUAAAGUCCACUGAGAGGAAGAACUGGCGUGAGAGCAGGGCGGACUGUCUGAGGCGCGGCUCGGACCUGGUGAGGAUCAGCGGCCCGGAGGAGCAGGAGAUCGUCAGCAAGCUGAGUGGGGGCAACGAGUCCUGGAUCGGCCUGAGGACGGAAUGGAUGCCAGCGGGACCUAAAUACGUGUGGAAAUGGGUCGAUGGGUCGGCUCUGAGCCAACGCUUCUGGGCAGAGGAGCUGGAGGCCACGUCCUGGCAGGCGGCUGCUUGCUGUCGCCGCGGAAACUGGACCACAACGUUUCAAAACGCCAUAAAGAGCUGGAUCUGUGAGAAGUAGCCGUGUGUGUCCCAAUGUUCAAGAGGUCAAAGGUCACUGUCCUAGCGGCUGUUUACUGCUCUGCACGUGAGGCGCUGAAGCUACUUCACAACUUGUUAUUUGCCCAUACAAAGUAAUAAACCUCUAUAAAACUGUAA